AGUCUCUCCUCCUGUGUGCCACGUAAGUUCCAUGUGGUGAAGGAGAAAAAGAACUGGACAGAAGCUCAGCGCUACUGCCAAGAAAAUUUCACUGACCUCGCCACCAUAUACAACAUGAGGGAGAUGGAAAUGUUAAAUAGCACAAAGAAUGAAGAAGGUGCUAACAAGGCUUGGAUUGGGCUGAAGCAGGGAAGUCCUAAGUGGCAGUGGUCUCUGGCUGACAGGGAUUUCUACAGAGAGAAUGAGGCAGAGUUCAGGAAGUGGGAAGGCCAGCCACAAGGAACUGAUAAGAACUGCGCUGUGAUGAAAGGAAAUGGGAGUUGGCACAAUAGGAAGUGUAGUGACACCAAGCCCUUCAUCUGCUAUGAUGAAAAACUUCUGGUUCUGGUUCGUGAGAAUAAGACCUGGAAAGAGGCGCUGCAGUACUGCAGAGAGCGCCAUGUGGACCUGGUGUCUGUGACCUCCGAGCAGAUCCAGCGCUGGGUGAGGGGGCGGGUUAAAGAAGCCUCCAGUGCGCACGUGUGGCUGGGCCUGCGCCACUCCUGCAACUUGGGCUUCUGGUUCUGGGUCAACGGAGAGACGGUCUGCUACAGCAACUUGGCCCCAGAGACAGGGCAGGACUGCCAGAGUGCCAGAGUGGGGGCAGUGGAGUCUGGAAGAGAUGGGAAAGGAGAGUGGGUCGUGCGUCCAGAGACCGAGCCACUCAACUUCAUCUGCACCACUGAGAAUCAGUAG